AUGAACACGUCAAGCCGCAUUAUGUUGGUGCUCUUCCUCGCCUACGCUUUGGUCUUCAUGCUCGCCGCAGGAGGCGUCCCCUUCGAUCGAGCCAUAGGUGUCUGCAUCAGGAAUUGCGCCCAGUGCAAGAAGAUGUUCGGCCCGUACUUCCUGGGCCAGAAGUGCGCAGAUUCUUGCGUCAAGUACAAAGGAAAGCUCAUCCCCGACUGCGAGGAUGAGGGUUCGAUUCAACCGUUCCUCCAAGCGCUAGACAGCGACUACUAG